AUGCCAAUUCAAAAACAUUCAUCAAGUUCAUCAUCAUAUCGAUCAAGUAGUGAACGAGAUGAAAAACAUUCAUCUAGUCGACAUAAACACAGACAUGAUGGAAAAUCAUCAAAAAAACAUUCCAAAAAAAGCAGUAAAACUCGUCGCACAUCACGAUCAAGAUCUCCAAUUCGACAUCAUUCAUCGAACGCUGAUAAAGAAUGUAAAUCAUUGCAAACUUCUAUGAAUCAAACAAUAUCAGUGAUAGCAACUACAACUAAACAUCUUAAUAAAGAAGCUGAACAAAAACGUCUCGAAGAAGAAAUGCAAAAACGUAAAAAUCGUAUUGAACAAUGGCGUGCUGAACGUCGAAUAAUGUUUGGCAUUGAUAAAGUCCGACAAGAAUCAGUUGUAAAAGUUACAAAAGUAUGA